ACUCGACUCUAUCCACCUCUAUCAGGGAAUUGAACCUCGAACUACGGUGAUGGGAACAAACAAGCUGACUUGGAAUACCAACUAGAGAUGAAGAUUACCGCAUAGAUUCUCAUGCACCUCGAUUUCUAUGUCCCCAACUUGGACGCAGAUGCUUUGCUCCAACUAUAUUCCUUCCUCUCUCAGCUCUUCAGUGGAAACACCCGACAAGAAGCUCAGUCAGUGACUUGCUAAAGUCUUUGUUCGUCCAGGAACAAGCGCCAUGGAGCAAGCAAGAUGCUGGAUGUGGACAAGAACAAGACACAGUGGCAGGCCGCACCUCAGCGCUCAGAUCCCCGGAGUCGUCCUUGGAUCCUCCAGCAACGAGUCAUGGGAGGAGAGAGCCUUCGCGGAAGACGCCGCAGGCCGCUUAGGAGGCUGCACAUGGCCGCCGAGGUCGUACUCGUGCAGCUUUUGCAGACGGGAAUUCCGAUCGGCGCAGGCACUUGGUGGGCACAUGAACGUGCACCGGAGGGAUCGAGCGAGGCUGAAGCAGUUGUCUUCGAGCCUCGGCGAAGAGACCGCCGAAGCCGAAGAUGAGCAAGUGACGGGUGCAGAACUCCGUCCGCAGGUCAGCCCUAACCCUAGUUCCAGGUUCUUGCCACCACCUCUCUCUCCUAGGGUUUCUGCUCCAUCCAUCCAAGAGAACUGGCCCGACAACACCUUGAUCUCUCCAGCAUUUUCUUCGUCUAUCGCUCGAGAGGAGGACCCCAAUGAAUCGCUGUUCUCCACGACUAGAUCUCUGCACCAUCCUACACUUCUCCAUCUACUUAUUGUACCAGAAUCCAAGCUCGGGGAAACCAAUUUAGGGUCCAACGGAUUUGGUUUUCGGAGUCGGAGAGAUCCAGGAAUCUAUGAUGAGCAGACCAGCUGUUACAAGAGAAGGAGAUCCGAGAGACCCUCUUCUUGUGAGCAGCAACAAGUGCAGUCUGAGGUACCUGAUCACAACCAUCUGGAAGAGUUAGAUCUUGAGCUGAGGCUUGGAAGUAUCCCAAAGAUGUAGUAUUUCUGAUCGAAUCAGUAUGUUCUAAGUAGUAAUUUUUCUUUUCCCAAUUUCUUCACCUUUAGUCUCAUCUUUCUUCUGAAAAAUGCCUGUUUCAUCUUCGAUUUAUGGAUAGAAACUCAGAUUCGGAGCUUCCUUUUCACCAUAGACUGUAACCACAAAGCAUUGAUGUAGAUCAAGAAAUUAGAAUAGAAUAUGAACUAAGGUUUUCUUGCAUUAGCACAAGGAUUUCCUACCACAAAAGGAGUUCAAGUAACCCUUUUAAUGGAAAAUAUCUUACAAUAGCAUCGGUAGAUCAUGGACUGCAACCUGCACAAGCGUGAUGUGAAUGAUAAACGUGAUAGUGUAUUAGUAGUGUUAGGAUUUUCUUCUUGUAAGAUAAGCAUGCAGACGCAAGCAACAUCAUCAACAGACUAUACCUGCGGUGAUGUUUCUUUCACCAAGUGAGUUUUCUCCCCGGAGGAAUCAUAUUGUUCGGUCAGUUCAUAACAUAAACAUCUCAUGUCCUUAUUUGAAUUCAUGCAAUAUUCUCUCUUAUAUGAACUCUCUCUAUAGCAUAGAAUUAUGCAUUUAUAUUCAUUGACUUGUAAUUCCAGAGAAAAUGGCUUGAGAAUUGUCUACAUCAAAGAUUUCUCGUGUGUAUAUUUGCUAGUGUGUGAGGUGGAAUGAGGAGAAGAAGCUGAAAAGAGAUGGAAUUUAGAGUGCAUGGGAUGUAGUGAUUUGUUUCAUAGUUCCAUUUUUUUCCAGCCUGGUAUAAAUAAACUCACUGACUGACACAUUCCAGCAAUAGAACUAAAACACUCAAAUCUGAGUCUGCUUUAGAAUGUAUGUAUAUGCUCAAACGCAUCUAACACCCGGAUUCCCUUUUUCUGAGGCAUUCCAUCCAGCGCAUGAGUCAGAUGUCUCUUCUUCAUAAAUCUACAUGUUUGCGUCUGCAUUUUUUGCCUUCCCCAUGGCUCCAUAUCCGAGAACACCAUGGCACAACAUCAAUAUAGCAUUAGCCAUUUGGCCCAUUUAUGUAUGAUGUCCAAGCAAAUAACCUCGGCUGCUUUCCACCCUGCUACUUUCUUCCUUCUUCCUGCUUUCCACCCUACACAUCUGCUGCCCUAAACUAAAGUCCUAAUCACAGUCAUAGAACUCAUCUUUCCAAAAUUAGCUUGGACAGGGAUCGUAUCAACUUUGACCUAAAAGCCUGGAGAGGACAUUAUGAUAGGCAAUCAGAAGCGUUUAAGGAGGUACCCAUCGGAAACUCUCCCCGAGAGCAUUCGGGAUUGGGAGAAUGGCCUCAAGAUGGAGGCUUUGGGAAGAGAGUUGUAAAGGUGGGAGUUGCCCUACUGGUGUAAGAGGUGUGUGAUAUAUAGGAAGAGGAAAAGCAUUAAAGUGUGGCACUUUUAGCUCUUCAAGUUACUGAAUCCGUGUAAAGAAGUCAUUGAAGAGGGACUGACUUGGCCUUGUCCUUCCUCGAGUGCUAUCUCUGCGGCAAGUGUGUUCAGAGGCGAACAGCUAGUUGAGUAGGGAAGUACAGAAAGAGAGAGGCUGUUUGAUUCUGACCAAAGUGUUGGAAUACAGUGAUGAAGCUGCACAUGGUGGGAAGGUGUCGUUUGUGGGGGAGGAGGGUUUUUAUAUGGUUCAGAAAAGGAAUGAGGACUGAUGUGGGUGUGUGAAGAGAGUCCCCUUUUUU